AUGCCCUCUGUCAAAUCUCUCGCUUUCGGCGCGCUCAUUGCUGCGUACGCCGCCCCCUACGCCGCGGCCGACUGCUUCGACAUUAAGGGAACUCUGCAGGAGCUCUGGGUAACAGGCGCUCCGGACGAGGUCCCAGACAGUGGAAGCUGGCAGGUCCUGAAUAGCGAGGGUGUGGAAGUAUGCACUGUGAACGGAACCUAUAGCUCCAACACGGUCGAAUGCGUGAAUGCGACUUCUGCCGACUCGGAGUUUGUGCCGUUCGUCGAAUGGAGCUGGGGAUAUGAGAGGGGCGCAAACGUUACUUACUGUCCUGAGGCAGACAACAGCACUUGCGUCAGAAAAGAGUUCCUCUACCGCCAGGAGGGUUACGAGUGCUUGAAGCGACCUGAUCUCUGCGAAGCUAUCAAGGCCGAGUCGCCUCCCUGCAGUGCACUGGAGUGCAAGGCUGAGUCGAAGGAUGUUUGCAGCGAGGAGAAGGAAUCCGCAUAG